AUGAAGGUCAAGAUCAAGGAAUGGCAUGCCGUCGCUACCUGGCGCUGGGAUAUGCCCGAAGACGAAGUUUGUGGCAUCUGUCGCGUCGAUUUCGACGGCUGCUGUCCAAACUGCAAGUAUCCAGGCGACGACUGUCCUUUGAUCGUCGGGAAAUGCCAUCAUUCCUUCCAUUUGCAUUGCAUCCUUUCUUGGAUCAACCAAGAAUCUGCCAAAGGAUUGUGCCCAAUGUGCCGUCAGAAAUUCGAGGUAGCCGCUUAG